AUGUCCCUGCUGGCGUAUGGCGAUUCCAGCGACACGGAACCCGACGCCCUCGUCGACUUCACGGCCAUGCUCCGGCAGCGCCAGCGUCAGUUUGGCUGCGGCAAUAAGGCGCAAGCGGAGCAGGCAGAUGAUCAGGGCUACUAUCUGGAGCAGUAUGUGCUGGGCGUGCUGGAUUUCAGCUCGCAGUAUGGCAUCGACUACAGCAUCUCCUAUACGGCAGCCAAUGUGAUUGGUCGGCCGACCAAGUAUCCGGCCUAUGGCGACUACCCGGAGACAUUUACCAUGCGCACCUACGGCGACUGGUGGAAGCGUGCUCCAUCGGCCACCCGGGAGAUUCAGGCCCAAAACCUGCCCAAGCUGGCCACCCAGGACUACAUUGUUGUGUAUUUCGAGGAGUUUGUGGUGCCCACGGAGGUGGUCAUCUAUGAGACCUUCAACCCAGGCGCCGUGGUUCGCAUCUGGGCCUAUGGGAUGACCAAGCAUUGGACAUGCCUGUGGGAGGCGGAGUCGGAGACGGAUAGCGAUUUGGCUCGGCCGCCAGCGGACUCGCGUCGCUUUGCGCCGCCGCUCAACAACACCGCCGUAAUAACGAAGACGCUGCGGAUUGACUUUAAUCACAGCAGACUCAACUAUUAUACGGAAAUUGAUGCCAUCAUGCUGUGCGGACGCACCGUCUCCAGGAUUAAGAGCCUGCUGGGCAAACAGCAGCGACAGCAGCUUAAAAAACCAGAGUUUGUGUCCCUGCCAGUGGCAAUACCAUUAACCCCGAAGGCAGAGAGUUCUUUGGAAUCGUCGCCCAUUAGUGGCGGCGGACCCAUUAGUUACAAGCUGCGCUCCCUGAAGUUCCAGCCAAAGUGUCGGCCGGAUGGUGCCACCAAGCUGCACGAGUUCAUCAACAACGAUUUAAGCCAGUUUCUGAUGGAGAAUCGCGUUGAGGGCGGAGAGCAACAGCAGCCGGCGGUGGUGCCGAGCAUCUGCCUGACCGACCUGCCGUUUGAGAUCCUUCUCCGCAUACUCAGCUACUUGGAUCUCAAGUCGCUGUUUCGCGUUGGCCAGGUGUCCCGCAUCUUCUAUGACAUCUCCUCCCAUCCCUUACUCUAUGCCGAGCUCAGCCUGAAGCCGUACUGGCAUUUGGCCAGCUCAACGCUCCUGUGCACGCUGGCCCUGCGGGCGACCAUGCUGCGCAAGCUGGAUCUCUCCUGGUGCGGCGGUCUAGGCAACAUCUCGCCCACCGAAUUCAAGAAAUUUCUGACCCAACGCGGCGAUAAUCUCACCCACCUGCGGCUUAACUCGUGCAAAUUUCUCAAUUCCAGCUGCAUUGAAACCGUGGGCAUAGUCUGUGAUAAUCUGAUAGAGUUGAGCCUGCGCAACUGUGCCACUGAUCCGCCGCUGCUAAACUUCUCCUGUCUGGCCAAUCUGAAGAAUCUGGAGCGUCUCGAUCUUUUUCAAACGGCCUUUGAGCCCGAAUUGCUGCUCAGUAUGCUGGAGGGGAAUCGGAAACUGAAACACCUGAAUCUAGCAUUUUGUGGUGUAUCUGUGAACAUGGACAAUGUGGCCGCCCACUUGGCCACAUACAACACGCAGCUAAUCUCCUUGGACCUGUGGAAGGCGCACUUUCUGUCAGCCCGCGGACUCCUUUCGCUGGCACGUCUACAUCAGUUGGAGGAGCUCGACCUGGGCUGGUGCUUGCGGGAGGCAUCGCUGGGAGAUGGCCUGUUCCAGCUGCUAUCCAACUGCCCAAAGCUGAAGAAGCUCUUCUUGUCGGCGGUGCGCGGUACCACCGAACGGGAUCUCAUGCAUAUUGCCGCGUUGGGCAAGAGCCUGGAGCAACUGGACCUAAUGGGGAUCCUGAACAUAACGCACGAACGAGUUUAUGACAUCUUGGUUCACUGUCCCAAGCUUCAGUUGCUCGAUCUAAGCUUCUGCGACAACAUCAUGGAUCGGGAUUUCGAUGUGCUGGCUGAUUGGUCGCGUCACUUCAACGUUGACAUCAAAAGCAGUCGCGUUUAUGUGCCCAGAUAGUGGAAAGUAUGUGCUAUAAUUCCUGGUACCGUGAUAAGUGUACAUAUACUUAGAUCCUACAUGAGGCGGCACUCUCCCUCGCUUCUGUUUCUGUUUGUAGUAAAAUGUUAACCGUGUUAUAAAUGUUAAAUAUUUGAGAUUAAACUUGGCGAUUUUAUAAAAAAAAAAUCAUUAA